AUUCCUCCGCCCUCAGCUGAUCUCGCGUGGACCGGAAGUGACGAACAGAGCACAGACAAAACAAUCGCUGCGGCUGGGACGCGGAAGCACCGGGUGACGGGUGUGUGACCGAUCGUCCGUUAUUCUCGCGCGCGCGCCUCUCCUCACCCAGUCAUUCUCAGCGCCCGAAACUCCGUCCUUCUGCCCUGAUCUAGGAGAAAACCAGAGCACCCAGAGGAAACCCAGGAGAAAGGAAAGCUGACCAUCUUUACACAAAUGUUAAAAAUGUCGACUUUGCAAGACCUCCCAUCUCCAAACAGCACUGUGCAGGCAUCCAACUUUGCACAUGUAAUCUUUCAGAACGUGGCUAAGAGUUAUCUUCCAAGCGCCCCACUGGAAUGUCACUAUACGCUGACCAAGUAUAUCCAUCCGCAUCCGAAAGAUUGGGUCGGCACAUUUAAGGUUGGAUGGAGCACUGCCCGAGACUACUAUACUUUUCUGUGGUCUCCCAUGCCUGAAAAUUAUGCUGCAGAUUCAACUUGUGACUGUGUGCUGACUUUUCAAGGAUACUACCUUCCUAACGAUGAUGGCGAGUUUUACCAGUUCUGUUAUGUGACACAUAAGGGAGAAAUACGCGGGGCUAGCACCCCUUUCCAGUUCCGGGCAACUUCUCCGAUAGAUGAGCUGUUAACCAUGGAAGAUGAAGGUCAUUCAGACAUGUUGGUGGUGACAACUAAGGCUGGACUUCUUGAGAUAAAAAUAGAAAAAACAAUGAAAGAAAAGGAGGAAUUGCUUAAGAUAACCUCCAUACUGGAGAAAGAGACAACCCAGCUGAGACAACACGUGGAAAGACUGGAGUGUGAACUGUCACGUGAAAGAGAGCUGUCUGACCAACUGGUUACAGAACGAGAUGGAUUGCUCCAAGCCUCUGAUAUACUGAAAGCAGAAAAUGAAGAAGUAAAGAAAGCAUGUAAAGAAAUGUCUAGUAAAAUACUUCAACUUGAAGAAGACCUGAUAACUGUGACUCAGAAAGCUAUAGAAAAAGAAACCGAAUUAGACAGCUUGAAAGAUAAACUGAAGAAAAUAACACUGGAAAAAAAUCAACUCGAGUUUCUUUUAAAAAAUGAGAAGGAUGAAAAGGAACUAUAUAAGGGUCACCUGAAAAAUACGGAAAUAGGAAACACAAAACUGCUUACUGAGAUUCAGACAUUAAAAAAUGUGGAUGUAAGUAAAGAAAACCUAAUUACACACUACAAGGAGGAACUUGGCAAAAUGAAGAUCAGCCUGGCCGAUAAAGAGAAGCAGUGUAAGGAACUGCUGCAGCACUGCUCUGAGAAGGAGGACAUUCGGUUUUUAAAACAACAGCUUCGUAAGAUUGAGGAUGACCACCAGGCUAGCAGACAAGAGGUAUCCUUUAUGUCAAAGGAGCUUAGUGAUGCAGUGAAUGUACGUGACAAGACCAUGUCUGAUCUCCAUACAUCUCGCCUUGAGACGGAGUGUGUGAAGAAACAGCUUGCCACUGCUUUGGCUGAACUCAGCCUGAGGGAUACACAAACCUCCUCAGCUACCGGUGUAAAAAACAAGGAUGCAGAGAGCAGUAGAGUGGAGCAAGACCUUCGGAAAGAGGUUGAGGACCUGAAGCUGAGACUGCAAAUGGCAGCUGACCACUAUAAAGAUAAAUUUAAAGAAUGUCAGAAGCUUCAGAAGCAAGUAGUAAAACUCACUGACCAGCUUAAAUCAUCAGAAAGCCAGCUGAAGGCAGCAGAUCUAUAUGUGAGUCCCGAGGUGGCAGCUGUUUCAAACUUUUCUCCCCCUGUGAGCCCCUACUCAUCAGACUCUGUACCCGACUUUGUCAUAAAAGAACAAGUGGGAGACAUGAGCAAGGAAAUAGCUGAGAAAAUGGAGAAAUAUCAGAAGUGCAAACAAUUGUUAUCGGAAGAGAAGGCGAGGUGCAUUGCGUAUGCUGAUGAUGCUGCUAAAAUGGAGUUAAAGUGGAAGGAGCAGCUAAAAGUUAAUGAAGGCAUCAAGCUGCAACUAGUAGCCAUUGAAGAUCAGUAUAAGAUCCAGUCUGCUGAUAAAGAUCGGGAAAUAUCCGAGAUGUCCUGCCAUCUAGAAGUUCUGCUGAGUGAGAAGAACAAACUGGAGAAUGACAUAAAGGAACUUGAAAUAAAUUUGGAAAGACUGUCGAAAAGGGCCGCCAAUGGUGACACUGUACCAGGCAGCAGCUCUCAGGGAUUGCAGUUUUUUAAUCCUUAUUGUGAACAGCAUAAAACAGCUCCCAUAAUCCCAGUCCAGCCGCCUGUAUUGCAAUUUGGAAAUCCUUAUGCAUCACCGGCAACAAGAGAUGGUGCAGAUGGAGCUUUUAACCCAGAUGAAAUCCAGGGGCCACCAGUGGGGGCCCCCUCUUGGGGUCUUGAAGACAAGGUUGUCUGCAGUCAACCUGCCCGGAACCUCAGCCGUCCGGAUGGCUUGGAAGAUCCUGAUGAUAACAGUCAAGAUAAUGACAAUGUGAAUUUUGAUCUGGACCAGGAUCCUCCUAGCUUCUUUGGACAAGAGCAGUCUGGUUUCUGCUUUGAUCCAAGAUACACAAAGCAGAAGAAGUGCCCGCUGUGUACAUUGGUGUUUCCACCCAACUACAACCAGAGCCAGUUUGAGGAGCAUGUAGAGAGUCACUGGAAAGUGUGCCCCAUGUGCAAUCAGCAGUUCCCUCUGGACUGCGACCAGCAGGUGUUUGAGCAGCACGUUCAGACGCACUUUGAUGGCAACGUCUUAAAUUUUGAAAAUUAAGCCCGUUCCUCCUUGUGUGUGAUUUGUAGCGGUGAGAAGUUCACCUUAAAAACUAGAAGAACCCGCUUAGAGCAACACUACCUGUAAGAAAUAUGCACUGCAAUGUAAUUAGACCUGAAAUCUACUAUUGGGAGUCCUUUGUUCAUCUCUUGUAAUGUACAAUUAUGGUAGAGGGAUUUCAUUUGUAUGUAUCAGACCUCUUUUAAGAUAGCUGUGUAAAUUGUUUGUGUUAAAUCAAAAGCAUUCUGCCUCUGGUAAUUUAGAUGUUUAAUGCUCAGAACCCAAGUCCCUUACUGCAAUCUUAUUUACCCAUGAUGGAGACCUGCUCUUAUGUCACUGCUCUUAUGUCAAUGGUGAUUACAUUGCUGCAUGCCUCUUACUGACUGAUUUUUGUUUUAGCAGUAAUAGAUUUUGUUUAACAUAACAAUGUUCUCUUUAAUGGUCACAUUUUCCAUGUAGCUUUGAUACCUAAUAGUAGACCCCUGACCUACAGACAGGCAGUCCGCAUUUGUGGCACAUGCAGUAGUUCAGCCCAUCAGUCCACUAGAGACUCACAGAAGAAGGGAUCUGGACAAUCACGUAAAAUUACACGACAACUGAAAAUGAUUGGGGUAGAUUGUAUCGGCUUUCUUCACAGUAUGGUUGGUGGUUAAAUAUGCAGGUGAAAUGACCAUUGCUCCUAUGUAAAAUAAGCUGGUUGCUCACAAUUGCUCCUUUUCUUCACAUACUCAUAAGCACGCUCAGGAAUUGGAGCAACAUAUAUUAAACUUGCAGCAAUAUAAUUUGGCUGUGUACCAUUAUUCUCCAGUCCUUGCUGGGACCUGUUUAUUAGAAGAUACAGAAAUACCCAGGUGUGUGUCUCCACAGUGGAGCCUUCAGCAAGGGAGCCAGCUAAUCUGCAGAAGCACUAGAGCGGUCGGUGACUUUCUUCCUUCUUUGUGACUGUUUAUGUAUGUUAGACAUCAACAUGUUUGGUUCCAGAGAUUGCAAACGCCAUAAUUUAUCUAGAAACGUGACCUCAUUGAAACGUGAGAGAUAAAGGAGACUUUAUGGUAACCAUUCCACAGGUAACCACGCAGAAAAUGGGACGUGGCUCAUAUCAAACAAAGAUUCAGUUUUAGAGAAUGCAAGCAAACAUAACCUUUUCUUCAUAGUCGAUAAGAGGCCAUCCUCUACAGUUUCUCAUGCUGCUCGAGUGCUUUAAUUUGCUGCACUUUUAUCCAUAUCGGCCCAGCACACAAAAUGGCUGCCAGCACUGUGCGUAGGUGACAGCUUGUAGAGUGCGUCAGUCACUGACCUUCUGACGUGUGAUUGGUGGAAUAUGCUACCAGACUUCAGUGCAAUAAGCUGCUCAGUAUGACUACUUCUCUGUUAGUGUACCAGCUUGCACUCACCUAAUACUUCAAGCUACUAAAUUCUAAUUUAAUAUUACAUAAAACAUGUAAGUGGUUUGAGGAAAAUCUAUAUUAAGAACAUUUUACGGAAUACUAAAAUAAUAAAACAAAAAAUCAAACAACCAUACUACUAUGUAUCAUUAUAGUAAUUUAUAUAUGCAUUGACUUCAUCUAGGAAUUGUAUCGGUUUAUUUUCAAUUUAACAUGAAUAAAUCAUCAAAGUUGUAACUUG